ACAAUUUAUCACAAGAAAAAAAAUAAUAAUCGAUAAUUGGAGAAAGUUAAACACAACUAAACAGCUGGAUUAAGAUCUCAAAUGUAUCAUCGACAAUGCGAUGAGAUACAUUUGAAUGUAAGUUUUCCUCUUAGCAACUCUAUUUACUGGAUUAGUCGAAAUAGCAAUAUAGAACAAAGGAUAGUUUCCCAAUUCAUCAAGGCCCUGGUCGCGAUAUUCAUCAGAAAAAGAGGCAGGAAAGGAGAACCAAUCCCGCAAAUCUCGGUGAAGCAAAUGCAGCCGAAGGUAGUUAACGCGCAACGAUCUUGUCCUUGGUCAGUAGACAUUAGUAUAAAGGAAACUGUAGGUGCACCACGCGGAACAGAUUGAGAAAAACUUCGAUACGUAACUAUGCCGGCUAACGAGGGAACUGUGAGCGUGUCUCCGCCCCAAAUAAGAGAUAAUUUCUUGAGGAAGGUCUGUGACAACAGUUUACAGAGCGAUCUUGCUCGUGUAUCUUCUGGUGAUGAUGAAGAAGAUUACCAAAGUGGUUGUUCAAAUUCUAUUGUCAACGAAGAAUCCAGAGAAGAUUGUAACUACAGGAGUCUUCCGGUGAGAGAGGUCCAUGAGAAGUUUAUGAGAAGUUUCAUCGAUUUGCUCCUGGAAGAAGCAGUUUUUGAGGGAACUUCAAGAAAAAACAAAGUAGUGGAAUGGAUGAAACCAGCAGCUCUUCAAUCAGCCAUUGACUUAAAGCUGUCUGACCAAGGGUCCUCCCAUGAGAAGCUUUUUACUCUCGCCCGCAACGUGAUCAAGUACAGCGUAAAAACAGGUCAUCCUCGAUUCAUAAACCAAUUAUAUUCCAGCGUAGAUCCGUAUGGCCUUCUUGGACAAUGGUUAACAGACGCCUUGAACCCUUCAGUUUACACCUACGAAGUUUCUCCAGUGUUCUCUUUAAUGGAAGAGGAGAUAUUGCGUGAAAUGAGGAAGAUAGUUGGCUGGAAGGAUGGUAAAGGUGAAGGAAUAUUCUGUCCUGGUGGUUCUAUUGCCAAUGGUUAUGCAAUUAAUCUGGCACGUCACUACAGGUUUCCUCAAUUGAAGGAAGUAGGCUUAUCCAGUGCUGGCAGGUUAAUAAUUUUCACUUCCAGGGAUUCCCACUAUUCUGUCAAAAAGCUUAGUGCUUUCCUAGGAUUAGGCACUAGCAAUGUGUAUGAAGUGAAAACUAACAGCAGAGGAAAGAUGUGCAUAACGGAUUUGGAAGCUCAGAUCAAGAAAGCUCUUGACGAAGGUGCAGUGCCCUUGAUGGUAUCUGCUACAGCAGGAACUACAGUCUUAGGUGCAUUUGAUCCCUUAAGAGAGAUUGCUAUCAUCUGUACGAAGUACAAUCUGUGGUUUCACGUGGAUGCAGCGUGGGGAGGAGGAGCCUUGAUGUCCACAAAGCACAGAUAUCUCCUGGAUGGUGUCGAACUGGCAGAUUCUGUUACUUGGAAUCCACACAAAUUGUUGGCUGCUCCGCAACAAUGUUCAACACUGUUACUACGCCAUGAGGAUCUCCUGCAAGCAGCACAUAGCUCAAAAGCUAGUUAUCUCUUCCAACCAGACAAAUUUUAUGACUCUUCUUUCGACAGUGGGGACAAGCACGUUCAAUGCGGUCGUAGGGCAGACGUGAUGAAAUUCUGGUUCAUGUGGAAAGCAAAAGGCACUCGUGGCUUGGAGAAACAUGUAGAUCGAGUGUUCGAAUUGGCGCGGUACUUCACAGAUUAUAUAAGACACAGAGAAGGCUUCAAACUGAUGCUUGAGCCUGAAUGCACCAACGUCUGCUUCUGGUACGUGCCGCCCUCCAAACGCCACUUGCAAGACGGAGAACUGUUGAAAGCCCUUGAGAAAAUCGGACCGGAUGUAAAGGAGCGAAUGGUGAAGAAGGGCUCAAUGCUGAUCACGUAUCAGCCUCUACGCGAGCUACCUAACUUUUUCAGGCUCGUUUUGCAGAAUUCUGGACUCACUAAGGCUGAUAUGAGAUUUUUCGCAGAAGAAAUUGAGAGGCUCGCCAUUGAUCUGUAGAACUUGUACUCUUUAUCAACUCUAAGCUUCAGUUAUGUAACGUCCAAUUUCGUAGAGAAUUUUUGUUAAUGGCAAAAACUCUCAAUAAAGUAUUUCUUUUAAUAAUAA